AUGAACAUGCAUGUACUCUGUAGUGCGGCGACCGUACAAAUUCAGAAAAAAGACGAAAGCUCGUUACUUCUUGGGCAAGAUGAUAAGUUAUCAAACAAUGAAUUCUUGUCUACGAUGGACCUCACUCGCAAUGCUCGAUCUAGGGUAGAUGAUGGAGAAAUGGGAAUACCGCUGGCACAAUCCAAAUAUUUUCAAGACAUAUUUUCAGGAGAAGUUGCACCUCUAAUUUUUGAGUUUGGACAUAUAAUGGAAAGUCCGUCUUCUUGGGAACAGAGGUUUGAAAAACGCGAUAUCAACGCUCAAAGACAUCAGGGUAAAGUUCGAUGGGGCCACAAGGAUGGUAGUUAUGGUGAGCACUACUGGGAUUUACAUACAUCGAAUGAUGACGAUGGCAACGAGGGUAUCGAAAAACGUGAUCAACUGAAAGAAAGUAAUUCGUGA